CGUGUUAAGAUGGAAAACAUUUUGGUAUAUGGUUUUAUUUUAAGUUACGUAGGUAACUGUUUCGCUGGAAAUCAAACAGAUAUUGCAUUUUGCAAAGCUGGAGAAUCAAUUGAUUACACCUUAUAUCUACAUGUUCCGAAGAUAUCAGAUUUACCGUGUUUGUGUCAGCUAUCCACCACUAACUGGACAGAACCAACCAACAUACAUAUAAGUUGGGCAUCUCCUCUACCUCCUGGUAACUGUGGUUUGAAUAUAGAAAUUAAGGAAAAGGAGAGUAUCAAAAAAGUGAAAUGCGAUUACCUAAGCAUGUACAUCUCACUGAAUGACAGCACGCCUUUACUCCUCACCCUGGUUAACAACUCAGAUUCAAUAAAUGCUUCUUUCCAUUUCUUAACACGAUCUCGAGUAAAAAUUCACAUCCGGUGUUUAGGUCCAAACUUUUCUGAGGACAGCGCAUCAACGUUCACGCAAACAUUAAAGACUAAACGUAGUUUUUCCAAACACACCACCCUUCCACUUACAUUGAAAGACCGUACUAAAGAUAACAUCCUAGGUACAUGUAUAUACAUUUCCGUACCAACUGCUGUCCUUCUACUUGCUUUAAUAAUAGCAUUCAUUAUAAGCAUUCUCAUAAGAAAAUCAAGAUCCAAGAACAACACUACAACCAAAAUACAUGAAUGUAGUCUCUACGAAACUGAAGCAUCGGAAUGUCGUCAAUAUACCCAUGUUUAUGAUGUGAUUAACAAAACAAACAAUUACGAGCAAUAACUGGAUUUGCAGUGUUGAAAAAAUUAUGAGAGAUUAACAUUAAAACGGAUUUUGCUCUAAAUGAUAGUCUUUUGGACAAUUUUCAACAGUUGUUGGUAAAAUAAAAGAUUUCAAUUGUAAACUUUAGGAACUGCAUUUAGAUACAAAUAACUUACUACAAAUGAAC